CGGUUGCGUCCUUGGCCUCUCGUUUUGUUCGACUUUGAGCUGGGGUUGAGUUGCCCGAGACCGCUUGUCAUUAAAACUCAGAGAUGUAUUCUCUGUGUCCUAGCCAGCAGGAGGAGCUCAGGGCAUGGGCAGGGCUGGUCCCUUCUGUAGGCGCUCCUGCCCCUCCAGGCCGUGGUGUCCCUGGGUCCGUGGUCGCUCAGCCUCGUCCCAUCUGUCUGUCUCCUCAUAUAAGGACACUGAUCAUUGGAUUCAGGCUGCUCUGAUCCAGGAUGGUCCUUUCAAGAGCUAUCACUUGGUCACAGCUUUCAGAUCACCCCUUUUACUGCCAAGAGGGGACAAGGUGUGCGGGAGCCCCCACGCCCGGCCCCACUCAGUUCUGGGUGGAUGUCUCAGUGAGCUGCUCAGACGAGGUACAUGCAGCCACCAGUGUGGCGGGCUCACAGUUGCUGUGGAACCACUUGACCUUGAGUGGGUGUCUGUGAUGGAGGCUGACCUGGAGGGGCAGUGGGCAGGCAGCAUGGACCCUGGCACUUGUGCUCCAAGCCCCUCCGGCCCACAGCCUCCAACUGCACCACAGCCCCGUGCCCGCUCUUGGCUCAACGCCACCCCUUCCUCAGUGGAACAGGAGGGGGGCGAGGCACCCCUAGCCCCAGGGGCCCAGAGCAACCCUGGAGCAGGUGUUGGAGAUGCGGCUGCUGCUGCCAAGCCACAAGCCUCACGCUCCAGGAGCAGAGAAGGAAUGGAUGGGACAGGAGACACAGAGAUGCCGUUCGAAGAAGUCCUGGAGAAAGCCAAGGCCGGGGACCCCAAGGCGCAGGCAGAGGUUGGGAAGCAUUACCUGCGCUUAGCCCACAAUGCCGACGAGGAGCUCAAUAACUGUACAGCCGUGUCCUGGCUCAUCCUUGCCGCCAAGCAGGGCCGGCGGGAGGCCGUGAAGCUGCUUCGGCGGUGCCUGGCCGACAGGAGAGGCAUCACGUCGGAGAACGAGCAGGAGGUGAAGCAGUUGUCCUCCGAGACAGACCUGGAGCGGGCCGUGCGCAAGGCCGCCCUGGUCAUGUACUGGAAGCUCAACCCUAAGAAGAAGAAGCAGGUGGCUGUGUCGGAGCUGCUGGAGAACGUGGGCCAAGUCAACGAGCAUGAUGGAGGGGCACAGCCAGGGCCUGUGCCCAAGUCUCUGCAGAAGCAGCGGCGGGUACUGGAGCGCCUGGUCAGCAGUGAGUCCAAGAACUACAUUGCGCUGGACGACUUUGUGGAAAUCACCAAGAAGUACGCAAAGGGGAUCCUCCCUACCGACCUCUUCCUGCGGGGUGACGAUGAGGACGACGACGAGCUGGCGGGGAAGGGCCCCGAGGACCUGCCCCUGCGCCUCAAGGUGGUGAAGUACCCACUGCAUGUCAUCAUGGAGGUCAAGGAAUACCUGAUCGACGUGGCUUCCAAAGCCGGCAUGCACUGGCUGUCCACCAUCGUGCCCACCCACCACAUCAACGCCCUGGUCUUCUUCUUCAUCAUCAGCAACCUCACCAUCGACUUCUUCGCCUUCUUCAUCCCGCUGGUGGUCUUCUACCUGUCCUUCGUGUCCAUGGUGAUCUGCACGCUCAAGGUGUUCCAGGACAGCAAGGCCUGGGAGAACUUCCGCACGCUCACCGACCUGCUGCUGCGCUUCGAGCCCAACCUGGAUGUGGAGCAGGCCGAGGGCAACUUCGGGUGGAACCACCUGGAGCCCUACGCCCACUUCCUGCUCUCGGUCGUCUUCGUCAUCUUCUCCUUCCCCGUGGCCAGCAAGGACUGCGUCCCCUGCUCCGAGCUGGCCGUGGUUGCCGCCUUCUUCACCGUCACCAGCUACAUGAGCCUGAGCAGCUCGGCCGAGCCCUACACACGCCGGGCGCUGCUCACCGAGGUGGCUGCUGGGCUGCUGUCCCUCGUGCCCACGCUGCCUGUGGACGGCCACUACCUGAAGGCGCUGGGCCAGACCUUCUUCACCGUGCCCGUGGGCCCCCUGGUCGUGCUCAACCUCAGCCUCCCGUGCCUGCUCUAUGUCUACCUCCUGUACCUCUUCUUCCGCAUGGCCCAGCUGCGCAGCUUCAAGGGCACUUACUGCUACCUGGUGCCCUACCUGGUGUGCUUCAUGUGGUGCGAGCUCACCGUGGUCCUCCUGCUCGAGUCCACCGGCCUGGGGCUGGUCCGUGCCUCCAUCGGCUACCUGCUCUUCCUGUUCGCACUCCCUGUGCUGGUGGCCGGCCUGGCCCUGAUGGGCCUGGUGCAGUUCGCUCGCUGGUUCAUGUCCCUGGAGCUCACCAAGGUGGCGGUCACGCUGGCCCUGUGCAGCGUCCCCCUGCUGGUCCGCUGGUGGACCCAGGCCCGCUUCUCGGUGGUGGAGCUGGUCAAGUCGCUGACACGCAGCUCCGUGGUCAAACUCAUCCUGGUGUGGCUCACGGCCAUCGUACUCUUCUGCUGGUUCUAUGUGUACCGCUCGGAGGGCAUGAAGGUGUACAACUCCACACUCACCUGGCCGCAGUACAGUGCCCUGUGCGGCCCGCGGGCCUGGAAGGAGACCAACAUGGCACGCACGCAGAUCCUGUGCAGCCACCUGGAGGGCCACCGCGUCACGUGGACCGGCCGCUACAAGUACGUGCGCGUGACGGACAUCGACAACAGCGCGGAGUCGGCCAUCAACAUGCUGCCCUUCUUCAUCGGCGACUGGAUGCGCUGCCUCUACGGCGAGGCCUACCCUGCCUGCAGCCCCGGCACCACGUCCACUGCCGAGGAGGAGCUGUGCCGCCUCAAGCAGCUGGCCAAGCAUCCGUGCCACAUCAAGAGGUUCGACCGCUACAAGUUCGAGAUCACCGUGGGCAUGCCGUUCGGCGGCCACGAGGAAGACGACGUGACGAAGGACAUCGUGCUGCGCGCCAGCAGCGAGUUCCGCGCCGUGCUGCUCGGCCUGCGCCAUGGCAGCCUCAUCGAGUUCAGCACCAUCCUCGAGGGCCGCCUGGGCAGCAAGUGGCCCGUGUUCGAGCUCAAGGCCAUCAGCUGCCUCAACUGCAUGGCCGAGCUGACGCCAGCCGGGCGCCACGUCAAGCUGGAGCGCGACUGGCGGAGCACCGUGCACGGCGCCCUCAAGUUCGCCUUUGACUUCUUCUUCUUCCCCUUCCUGUCGGCGGCCUGAGGGUGCCCCAGCGUGCGUGUGUGCGUGUGCGUGUGUGCAGUCCUGCUAUGGCACUCACUGCCUUCUGCCCUUUGCACUGGCUGUGCCCAGGGUCCUUGCAGGUCACAUACACAGUUGCCCCUCCCUCGGCCUCCGCUUUGCCGGGUGGAGCUGAGCUGCCAGGCCAGGCCCGUGGCGGUGCUGGACUCCCUUGGGUGUCCUGUGCAGGAUGUGCCCCCUCAGCGCUCUGCUUUUGUGUCAGGUUUGUUUCUGAGAAAGCUGAGAGCAUGACCGUGUGAGGGCAGCACAGCGUGGAGGACUCGGGCAGUCCUGCCAAGCCUGGGCAGCUGUUUGCCCAUCCUGGGAGGAACAGGGUGCCCAGCUGCCUGAGCCCCAUCACAUGACCAUGAGAAGUAGCUCUCCUGGGCCUGAGU